AUGUCAGACGACUACAUUCGACUUGCAGCUCCCACUUACCCUGAAAUGCAAUACUGUUAUUCGCCUGUAUACGACAGCUACCUUGCCAAGGGAGGCACAUCGACCGGCACAAACCUCAUCAGUAGUCCGAGAACGAAACGCAGCCAUUAUCGCUUGCGUAAGAAGGAGAACAUGCAGCUCAAUCCACCAGCAUUCCCCAAACCGGCAGCAUCCGAUAGUGGAAAUGAGGAAUCAGUUACUGAUGCAGAGCUCGGUGCAAAGGAAGAUAAACCAUUACCACCUACACCUAUGCGCAAACAAUCAGCACCCACAUUAUGCAUCACUGAAGCAUCCAAAGCAAACAAUGGACACCGACCCAAGUUCCCUGAAGACGCAUCAGCUACAACGACAACCUCUUCACUCCACAAAGAGACAAUGAUACGAUCACAUGCACGCACUACAUCCAGUACAACAUUCUCAUUUCAUGGCACAACUGGCAGCGAAAAUGCGACAAUGACCUCACUGCAUCCAUCCAUCGAAUCGCCUAUUGAUCCAUCGCCAAGAUCUUCUUUGGAUGUUGAAGGGGAUCAAGCUUCUUUCCCAUACACUCAGCCUGUUGAAUCAAGAGCGAGCGCAAAAAGUAAAAUCAUCAACGUACCUGAACAACAACAGCAACAGCAACAACUCCCCUUGGCAGAACAACAACAACAACAAUCCAAUCAGGAACAGCAACAUGAAGAACAACACCAAGAGAAGCCACUAUCACCUCUUGUCAUUAGCAAGAUCAAACUUCCUCCACCUGUAUCAGCUAUUGCUCAAGCACCUACUCCUGCUGCACCAGUAUUCAAAUUACCCAGCAAUAUCAGAGUAGAUCCACGUAGACGACGACGCUAUAAUAGAGAUCCACAACCACAAGCAUCACCACAACCACCACAGCCAAAACGUCCUACACCAAAAUCAGCUUUAACAGCAAUGAUUCAGGAACGUGCAUCAGCUGCAGAUAAUCCAUUCAGCGAAUUCUCUUUUGUAUCUGGAAGGGGUGAAAACAAUCCUAUUACGCUGUGCGUCUAUUUACCGCACUCAGCCCAUCCAUACGAACCAGUCAGCUUGGUGGUGCGACCUGAUGCCAUUGUGGAUGAUGUCAUUGGCUACAUCUUGUAUGAUUAUAUUGAGAAGAAGCGGAAGCCGCCAUUAGAAGAAGAGAUAUACGACAUUGCCAAUUGGGUUUUGAGGAUAGCAGAAGAUGAUGGUGAAAUUGAAGAGGAUCUACCAGCUCUCGAUCGUACACGCCAAAUCAGCAUGGUUUCAUUUGAUCAAUUUGCAUUAUGUCGAACAGCACCCAAUCAAGUGAAACAAAACGAGCUUAUACGUGCAAAAUUGGGAAGAAGUGGACCCACGGUGGAUGUAGUAAAGAGUAACAAGGCUGCAGGGCAGGAGAAUCAUUUGGCACCACCACAAGUGGCAGCACCUGGGACAAGUGCGAAUGGAUCUACUUUUACCACUGUGGAUUUGGGACCCAUUGAUCCGGUACCUGUGGGACCAAGUUAUACCUCGCAACAACAAGAAGCUGAUUCAUCUGCCGUGGCUGUACCCAUUCCUUCAUCCAAGGCAAUGCUUACCAAAUCCACCAUGCCAAUGACACCUGUCAAAUACUUCCGUAUCCGAUUAUUGACGAAUGAAGAGGUCUCAGCAACAACCACUAUUCCCGUUUAUGCAGAGAUGUUCAUUGGCGACGUGCUGGAGCUCGUAUCUCGGAAACGAAAGCUUGACCCUGAUGAAUACAUGUUGACCAUCGCUGAUACCAAUGUCAUCGUUCCCAAUGAUACAACAGUGGAUAGCAUGAACGACGUUACCGAGUUAUGUUUGAUGAAAAAAGGAGCAGGUCUCACAAUACCAAGUUCGUCUCACAUGUGGCGAUCACCAAACAAAAAGAAAAAGGAUGAAGUGUAUUAUACCGGGGUCUUCAAUACCGGACCACCCACAGCCACAAGCGGUAAUGGGAACAACGGGAUUCUGUCACAAUACAAAAAGUACCUGGUCAAUCGCAAGAUGCAGAUGUUUGUUGGUCGAAGAGAAAGUAUCCUGGCAAUCGAUGGUGACUAUAUCCAUAUCAUGCCCCCUGAACAUAAAGGGAUGUUUGAUUCUGUAAAAACUACAUCAUUCCAUGUCAGUGCCGUCUUAUCAUGUAAACAAAGCAAGAAAGCCCCCGCCAAUUUCAAGAUUGCAGUAGCCAAGGAUCAAAGCCAUAAGGUGUAUGAUUUUGAAGCAAUGAGUGCAAAGGAAUCACAGGAAAUCGUUUCAAGGAUAAAUUUGCUGAUACAAGUGACAAAAGCAGGAUAG